GAAGAGAGAGGUGGAGAGAGGGAGCCUGUGUUGGAGAUUCACAGAAAGGGACAAGAGGAGCAAUGAGAUUCAGGGUCAGCUCUUUCUCCCCCCCUCCUUUUUCACCGACAUCUGACAUGAUCUUGUUUUGGAGAUGUUCGCUGGGGGUGAAAAGCAGAGAGAGAGGCUUAUGUUCUUCCUGCCAUACAAAGAGCCAGAGUAAGACUGGCUGAAGGAAAAAAAAAUGCACGCUAUCUGGACUUGUCAGGUAAUUAUUCUGAGAUGGGCGCACAAAGCCAGGGAGCGUACCGAGCUGUGGGCUUCAGAGCCAUGAUGCUGAGAACAGCCGCUGGAGAAACCCUGACAGUGCAACACAUGCAGUAGGUGGCAGAAGAACCGCCAUGGGUUAUAAUGGCAGCCUGAUCCUCAGAAACAGGAGUGAGCUUGGCUUCUAUCAGGCUGGGGCACUGGAAAUUAGGAACGUGUCUCAUUCUCAAGUCCUGUGGAGCAACCGCAGCAGCAGCAGCGAUGGGCUGAGCUACAGACAUUUCACCACCAGCAUUCAAGUUAUUAUAUUCAUUGGUUCUCUUCUGGGGAACUUUAUUGUCCUUUGGUCAACCUGUCGAACCACCGUACUCAAAUCUGUGACAAAUCAGUUUAUGAAGAACCUUGCUUGUUCUGGCAUCUGUGCCAGUUUGGUGUGUGUGCCUUUCGAUAUUGUGCUCAGCGCCAACCCUCAGUGCUGUUGGUGGAUUUACACCCUGCUCUUCUGUAAGACCAUCAAAUUCCUGCACAAAGUCUUCUGCUCCGUGACCAUCCUCAGUUUUGCUGCCAUCGCCUUGGACAGGUAUUACUCUGUGUUGUACCCUCUAGAGAGGAAGAUAUCAGAUGCCAAGGCUAGAGACUUGUUGAUCUACAUUUGGACGCAUGCAGUUGUUGCCAGUGUACCUGUUUUCGCUGUGACUAAUGUGACUGACAUCUAUGCCAUGUCCACCUGCUCCCAGUCAUGGGGCUACUCUCUGGGUCACUUGAUAUAUGUCCUGGUGUACAAUGUCACCACUGUUCUAGUACCAGUUGCUGUGGUUUUCCUGUUUAUGCUACUCAUCCGCAGAGCACUAAGUGCCAGCCAAAAGAAGAAGGUGAUCAUAGCAGCCCUGAGGACACCGCAGAAUUCUAUAUCUAUUCCCUAUGUUUCGCAAAAGGAGGCUGAACUGCAUUCAAUGCUGCUGUCCAUGGUCCUGAUUUUCAUCCUCUGCAGUGUUCCAUAUGUGACACUGGUUGUUUAUCGCACUGUGCUCAAUGUUUCUCAUAUCUCAGACGUUCUAGUACUCACUGCCACCUGGUUGCCUAAGGUUUCGCUUGUCACAAACCCCUUACUCUUCUUGACUGUCAACAAAUCUGUUCGUAAAUGUGUGGUGGGCACCAUAGUUCAACUCCAUCGGCGGUACAGCAGGAGAAAUGUGGUGAAUCUGGGAUCAGUGGCAGAGGUAAAUUUGGAGCCAAGUGUACGCUCAGGGAGCCAACUUCUAGAGAUGUUUCAUAUUGGACAACAACAGAUAUUCAGGUCUGUGGAAGAAGAUGAGGAAAAUGAGAUCAAGUCAGAGGCUUCCAGAAGCUACAAGCUGAAGGAAACGAUGCCCAGUGGCAGCAGAGAGGUGGAGCAUACUCUAGUUCAAAAGCUAAUCCCACAGGCUGCUGAAUCUGCAGCACAAGUGGCCCCUGUGAUGCCAGGAGAAGCGGAAAUGCUUAAUGACAAGUAUUCCAUGCAGUUUGGGUUUGGACCUUUCGAAUUGCCCCCACAAUGGCUGUCUGAUAAACGGAACAGCAAAAAGCGCCUCUUACCACCUCUUGGAAAUACCCCUGAGGAACUUAUCCAAACAAAGCAGCCCAAAUGUAAAACUGAGCGUAAAUUAAGCAGGAACAAUAAAGUUUGUAUUUUUCCUAAAGUAGACUCUUAGCCUAG